AUGGCAGCUACCGUAUUCAAUGUUAUGGUAAUAUUUUGUGCGGUAAAGCUGUUCAAACGAAGUGGUGACACAAUGCAUUUAUUCAUUCUUAAUAUGACUGUCGGCGAUCUUAUAUUAACUGUAUUUUGCCAUCCGAACGAAUUACUUAUACGAAAGCAUGAUUUUCUUCAACAAAUUCACUUAUGUGCAGUUGUUCAUUAUUUCAAUUGGACAGGAUUAGCAGUAUCUGGCUUAUCGCUUACUAUGCUGAAUAUUGAUAAGUUAAUUUAUUUCCGUUGGCCCCUCAAUUAUGAUAGAUCAAUGUCGAAACGGAGAGCUGCUUUAUUUUGUCUUCUCAUUUGGGGACUUUCUGUUGGGUUCAUAUCCUAUUGUUGGCUCUUCAACAUUGUUUAUAUUCACUCGUUUGAUUGCUCUCUUCAGAUAAGUUUCAAACACUCCAGCCUUUUACUUUUUACUUGGAUUUCAUUUUACUACGAAAUAUUCCUAAUACUUUUCUGUGUACUACCUGUGACGUCAUCGUUAAUCGUUUCCAUAUAUUUAUUCAAUUUGACUCGACAAAAACGAAAUGCCGGGAGUGGAGGUGAUACAUCGGCAUUUAAAAACAAAGUAAGACUUGGUUUUAUAGUCAAGUCGUUAGUUUUCAUCUUCGCUACAACAGCCUGGACAUCGUGCAGUUUAUUACCGUAUCGUAUCAUGAAUUUAGCCAGAAUACAUCUCUUCACGUGGUCAGAGUUGUCAUGCGAGGGCAAGCAGCUUAUGAACUGGAUUGCAUGGAUUUUAAUCUACCUUCUCACCAUUAAUCCGAUUAUUAAUCCAUUGAUUACUUCCUUAAUCUAUGCACCAUAUCGUAUGACUAUAAAAAAAUUCCUCGUCAAUAUACCAGUCGGUAAUCGACCCUUCUACAAUUAUCAGGGAGAGCAACUACAUUUGGAUAGCAGGUAUGAGCUUAUCCAUCAUUUUCAUUCCUUCUCAGUUCCUCAAGCUCCUUUCUCUUUUAAUGGAAAACCCCAUCUCAGUGACGAUUCAUUUUAA